AUACAAAAGUAUACAAAAGUAUACUUACUAUACCACUCGUCGCAUUGCUUAUGGGUGAAAAUAUUCAACAAUUUACAAUAAUACGAUACUUAAAGCCCCAAAUAAGUGCUCUAAAGUGUAAGGAACCAGUUGGUCAGUGCGUAGCAGCCGGUCAAAUAAAUAAAUACCAAAAAUAAACAUUAAAAAUAUUUAGCAUCAAGUGUUCAACGACACACACCUAUGUACAUUGAUACAUAUGUACAUAUGUAUGUAUGUAGUACAUUUAUUGAACGCCAGCAAUUUUUUUGCCUUACUCGUCAUCGCCCUCGUUGCCGUCGUUAUCAUUGCUCUCUUCACAGCAAGCAAACACGGACAAGUGCCUAACAAUGCGUUUCACUUACAAUCAGUAUAAUUAUUCCGAAUCCGGUUAUCGGAUUGCGUCCAAGAUGCACAACAACAAUGCUGGUAAUGGUCCAACGGCGGCCGCAUAUCAACAUCACCACAGGAGUAAUUUUGGUAUGCGCAUGACCAUGUCAACUGCAUCAACGAUGACGGCACGCAUUCAGCGCAAAGGCUUUCGUACGCCCUCGAAACGGUAUCCGGGCAAGGCGAUACCUGGAAAGUUGCAUUCGGUUUCACGGAUUGGUCCCGGUAAAAUGGUUCCCGGUAAACGGUUACCCCAACGGCCGCAUCCACCACCCUGCGAUAAUUCUAAUGACAGUGGUUUUGGAUUUGAUCAGCAUCUUGAAGUGCAACAGCAGCAGCAACAACAACAACAGCAAAUGCAAGCGCAACAUCAUCAGCACAUGGCCAGUGGUGGCACUGGUGGUAGUAGCAGUAGUAGUAGUUGUAGUAGUAACAGCGGUAGCGUUAGCCCAGGUAGCGGUAGUGAUCUUAUGCAAAGCAACAACACUGCCACCAACCUUAGCAUUGGUAAUAGCAACAACAACAACAAUAACGGUCAUCAUCAUGCUAGCCACCAUCAUCAUCAUCAUCAUCAUGGACAUGGACAUCACAGCUCGGCGUCAAUGCAACAUGCGACGCAGCUCAUUCGUGCCAUACCGGCCUCAAGAUCAACACCUAGUAAGAAAUUGCCAUUUAUCAACUCAAUCGACGAUGAAGAAGACUGCUUUGAAGAUUUUUGUACUGAUGACUCGAAUGACUACUACCGCCAGCGCUUGAACUCAGAUUCGAAUAGUCAACAAUCGAACAUGGGCAACAGUCAUAAUAAUCAGCAGACACAACAACAACAAUACUCCGAGGAUGAGCAGUCGCGCAUCGUCGGCACCAACGCCAAGAGAAAGAAGCUCGAAAGCUUUGUGGAACUAGACAAUGAUGAUGCAUGCAGUGAGGAUGUCUUCAUACGGAAAAUCGCUAGCGCCAGCAAUAUGGAAACAACUAUUGAAGUGCCGCCGCCGCCGCAGCCGCCGCCAAAGUUAAUGCUCGAAUCCAUAGCGGUACCAACAAAAUUUAUACCCACAGGACCACGUAGCAUGACACGCGUGGCUCACAAACGCCAGCCAUCAGUACCGCAAAACACAGUGGUGACUUCGUCGAACGGGCGUGUGCAGUUGGAAAUUGUUUCUCAACCUGAGCAACAGCAUCGUGCGCGUUACCAGACAGAGGGCAGCCGUGGCGCUGUUAAGGAUCGCAGUGGCAACGGUUUUCCCAUAGUCCGCCUCAUGGGCUACAAUAAGCCCGCAGUUUUACAAGUUUUCAUCGGCACAGAUAUUGGUCGCGUCGCACCGCACAUGUUCUAUCAAGCCUGCAAGGUGGCAGGCAAAAAUUCUACGCAGUGUAAUGAGAAGAAAGUGGAUGGCACCAUGGUUAUAGAAAUCGAUUUCAAACCGGAAACGGAUAUGACUAUUACUUGCGAUUGCGUUGGCAUACUCAAGGAACGCAACGUCGACGUGGAACAUCGUUUUCCAGAUCAUUUGGCGCAGAAGAAUAAAAAGAAAUCAACCCGUUGCCGCAUGGUGUUCCGUACACAAUUGGCACAUGAUGAUGGCACUGCGGAAAUGUUGCAAGUCUGUUCGAAUCCAAUUAUCUGCACACAACCACCUGGCAUACCAGAGAUUUGCAAAAAGUCACUUAACUCAUGCCCCGUCGACGGUGGCCUCGAACUUUUCAUUAUCGGCAAAAACUUUCUCAAAGAUACGCAUGUUUUGUUUCAAGAAACCUUCGAGAAUGGACCGCCAAGUGAUGCUGCAACAGAGCUAGCCGUACGCCAGCAUUUAGGUGGCGCUUUAUGGGAACAAACAGUGCUACCUGAUAAGGAAUAUUUGCAACAAACGCACCUUAUAUGUGUUGUACCGCCUUACAUUCAUCAGAAUAUACUCAAGCCGAUUACUGUGCAGUUGGUAAUUAUUUCCAGUGGCAAAAAGAGUGAGCCUCACACAUUCGUUUACACGCCGAAGGGCAGUUAUUCGACCUUGGCAGCUGCUACGACACUAAGUACUGGCUUACAUAGUAGCUUAUCAGUGGCACAAGGUAUUUAUUUGUUUAUUUUACAUUUAGAUUUUAAAAUGAAAAUUUAUUUAAAAAGAAAAAACCGAAGUUCAAAUUAAAGCUUAGUAAAGUCGCAAGCUUUUUAGGGCAACGAGAGAAUGUAUUAAGCGAAAAGGCAAAUUGGUAGGUCAGGUAGGCUAGCAGGUAGGCAGAAUGUAGAAAGCAUUUUUUUUUGAAUAGACAAUAGAGCGACAAAAAAUUGCAAGUCAAUAAAGUUUAUUUUAGCAUUAACAUUAGUAAAACUUCACUGGCGCAUACCGAACUAUAUGCAUAUUAGGUAAUAUUUAUUUCGUUUUGAAUGCUAGGUUAGUGAUGCAGAUAGUAGAAACUAAGGGCAGUAUGCAAAGAAGUAGAUACUUAUUUAAAAAGAAAACAGUUGUCACAACCUAACCGUUGCAGUACAGAGCUGAUAAUAGCAGCUUAAUUUUUUUUUAGGUAGCGUAAAAUUUACUGCGAUAUUUCAUGAAUACAUAUAUGGCAAUAAUUUUUAUCGCUUACAUAUUUAAUUUGUAAUUUUAGAAACAAAAAAUCAGAAUCUCUUUUUAGGUGAAAGCGGAUUUUUUAAUAUGUAUUAUUAAAUUCUUAUAUUUUCGAAUAGCAAGUUUUGAAACGUAAAAGAAAAAGGUAAUACCUAGAACUGCAAUAGACGCAAAAUCUUGAAGAAUCAUUAUUAAUACAGUCAUGUGAAGAAAAUUAAGACCGCAAAAAAGGAUAUCUUUAUAUCGACUGCUAUGCAUCUGCACCUAAUCCACAGCCUUGAAGACAUUAAAUAAUUUUUUUGGGUAAUUUAAAUACUAGACAUUAAUUUAUGGCUAUUCAAAAGACGCCAUCAUUUUUGGUAAUUUGAAAAGUUAAUUUUAAGUGGAUAAAACCUUUUGCCUUUGAAAAUGUAAUAUAAAAUAUCUACACUAAAAAGUAGACAAUGGGUAUUGAACUGUAAAAAGUGGAAAUGUGAACGGGUUCAUUUAAAUGAAUGUCACCUUUUUACCAUAAUUUUGCUGCUCGAUAUUUUUUCCGCUUUCAAAUGCAAAAGAUUAUACCCACUUUUCCCCAUUAAUUUUAAAUGUCCAAAUGCAACAAAAAUGUAUGUCCAAUUUUUUAAAUGAAAAAAAAAAAUGUAUGCCCAGUUUUAUAAUACAUUUGAAGCAUACAUACAUAUGUACGCCAAUGAAAAUAGUUGUGGUUAAAUCGAUUGAUCUACUAUAAAUUGAUUCCAUCUACCAAUUUUUCUCGCAUUUUUUAACUUUUGCUAUAAAGUUGUGGUUCUAAGAGUUUUGAGAUUUUUAAGCUGGCUGUUGAAAACUUUCUUGUUAGCUAUAUCCUUCAUCUUUUACACAUGACUAUAUUAUUGUUAUUAUACACACAUUUGCAAAACACAAAAAAUUAAUAUCUCAAAAAACCCUCAACUUGAAAUAUCGCAUAAAUUUUACUUAAUUUCUAAGUGCGACGACGAAAAUUAAUUUUAAGUGCGCAAACUAUAUAAUAGUAAAAUUACUAUUUACAUAUUUUAAAAAUUAAGUAACAACAAAACAAUCUGCGAUUCCGUCAAGAAGCUUUUGCAAAAAAAAAUAAAAAUAGUUAUACACUUUUAUUUUCCGGAUUUUCCACGUACAUACAUAUCUUCCGCUGAGGACAUGCUAUAUGUAAACUACCACAGAAGCAACUUCAAAGCUAACCAAAGCAAGCAACGCAGUGCAGAAGAAAGAAAAAAAAUAUUUUUUUUUUAAGUUUCUCUACAACUUUAAAUCACUGCUACAACGUCAACGCAGCAGGCCGCCACCGCCAUCGCCGAAUUUAAUCCAGACAACUUUGAGGUGUGAUUGUGAUUGGAUUCGUUAAUAAAUGUCUUGUACUUCAUAUAUAUAUAUAUAUAUAUAUAUAUUUGUGUAGGAGCCGUUUUAUUGCCGAUUCCAUAUAAUCAGCCUCAUUGCGUACGUCGUAAAUUAGAGUAAAACGCACGACUCGACAUCAUUGGCAGUGACUAUAGUCGUGCUGAAAUAAGUAGACGACGAAAACUGUCGAAAACUAUCCAGUGCUGCCAAGUUUUCCCAUUUUAGUACACUAGUCGAAUCGAAUUUUUAGGCAAUGCCAUGUACUUUUCGAUACGACUCCACUCUCGGAAAACGACUUCCACUCAACACGACACACGCAAUGAGGCUGAAUAUUCUUUUCGUUAAAAGUAGCGGUUGGUUUAAUAUUUUCUUUGUUAGUUUCGGUAGUCGGUAGUCGUUUUACUCAAGUAUCGAAUUCCUUGAUUUUGUUAUGUUGCACAAUCGGAAAACUGUAUUUUGCUAACGGUUGAGAAAAAGCCGAAGUGCUGUUCACUCUCCAACGGAGUUUGCUGGUGUGCAUGAUUGGCGAUUGAAUGAAUGGAUCAGCAGAGUUUUCUUGGUUACAUUUGGCAUGCGGUAGACCGCCAACUAUACAGCAUCUAAAAAAUUACAAAAAAAAAAAACCAUUACAUUUUAUUUUUUAUUCUACACCCCAAAUUUAUAAUGACUUCACAGCAGUCAGCUAGAUGAGCCUUUAAAACAACUACCAGCUCAGUUUCCGACAACUACUUGAUUUGCAGUUGAUAACAUCUGUAGCUCUGUUUAAAAAGUAUACAACUUGAAAAUUUAGAAGAAAACAACGCUAACAAAUUGGAUAUUCAAUGAACGAAGGCUUCAUUUUUCAACAAGCAAAAACGUCGAUAAUUAAACUUUAUUUACAUACAUACAUAUAUAUGUAUGUAUUUUGAAAAUAAGACCUGCAUUUUAUUUGAUAGGCAGCUUUUCAACGUAUGUUUAUACAGUACAUACUCGGUUUUUACUUGAUUGCUUUUGUGAUUAGGAUGUGUAAUCACAAAAAAAAAAGAUAAAUACUAUUCCAAAAUGUCACGAGAUCAAAAACGUUAAACCUUGAAAAUAUGGUUAAACGGAUUAAAGAGUGUAUGUCACAAAAAAAGUCCUCUGUGUUCUAAAUAUUUGAGGCCUAAAGAAAAAAAUAAAGAAUAUUUAAAAAAAAAAACUUACAAUAAAAACAAUAAUCAGCAAAUCACAAAUAAUGAGCUAAGUCAUUAACUCAUCAACAGGAUUUUGUUCAACACUAAUCACAAAAUAUUUUUACUUUAUUUUCCCCUUCUCUUAGCAAUUUAGGUAAAAUUGUGGUUGAUAUCAAAUGAAUUCAAAAGCGAUAUUCUAUUCAUACCUAUAAUGAGAAUGCAUAAUAGUACUUCAAGCUGUUUCAAUGUUGACAAUUGCAAAUGUUGCGCGCGUCGAACGAUGCCAUAACCAUAAACCAAACAAAAAAACAAAAACUUCGUUACUUUGCAAAUGCACAAAUGCGAAACACUUGAACGCCUUGAAUGAAAUAUACGCGUAAACCUAGAAUAAAAAAAAAAAACAAAUCAAAAUCCAAAACAUAAAAUAUUUAAUUGUAAAAGAGAUCUAACGAAAGAACGGCUCUGUAGUCAGUCGCGCUGUUUAUGUUGCUGUUGCGGUCGUCAAAGUGACUUUUUCUCCAACACAUAUUGCCGCCUGCACCAACUGCAUACAUAACCAACAUACAGACACUAUUUGUUGCAACGGGAUGCAUGCUUGCAGUUGUGGUCGUUAAGAGAAAUGCUGAAGUGGCUAGGAAGGAAGUUGCACCUCCUAUUGCACAAGCUAAGCGAACUAUUUAAAACGCAAGCAAAGGAAUAGACAACAUGUACACUUAUGGACAAAAAUAAAACAAAAAAAAAGUAGAAUCAUGUAAAGGGAAACGAGAAGGAGUCAUACUAUAUUCAGCCUACCAACAUUUCAUUGCCAUCCGCGUUACACCACUUCACUUCACAAGUUGUAGCUGCCUGCUGUGCCGCCAAAAGCCGUCACCAUCCACCCAGCAAGUUUCGUCUAAACAGGUCUCGUCUCGUCUCGCCUUGCCUAGCUCAUCUCGUUACACCUGCUGCAUCUGCUUCAUCAACUGUACAUUAGGGUACUGGUUUAUAGAACAAAACAAACAAUAUUUCAAACAAAAUUUUUUCCUAAAGCCAUUUUUUUACUUCAUUAUUUUCUUAAACUAGAAUACAUAACUUAGUAUUCGAAUCUGUCUUUUUUUAAUAUAUUUAAGCCACUUGUCUCCUAAAUAGUACAUACUAAAAUACCCUACUUGCAUAUUAUUGUUACUCUAAUAGAAACAUACUACUCACUCCUUUUUUUGUAAUAUCUUUUUCACAAAUUCAUAUUUUACCAUUGCAGUUUCUUUUUUUGCGCGUUAAAAUUUUAAUUUCAAAGCAAUUGUUAUAGAAUCAUACUAUAGUACAUCAUUGAGAGCAUUCAUUUAUAAUUUAACAACUCUUUCCAAUUAAAUUUUGGUAUUACAAAAUAUAAAAAAAAAACUAUAAUUUCUAAAGCCAAAGAUUUUAAAUGGCAAAAUAUUAUGCCAUUCAAAAAAUGCCAAGCGUAAAAGCAUUUAAUUGUUAUUUUUAUUUACGCUAUGAUGAAAGUUGCUUAAUGCUAUUUUUGUCAUCUAAAGCCUAGUGGAAAUCUGGCAUAACCGUUGAAAAAAUUGAGAAAAAGUUUAAGAAAUUUGUAUUUACUGUAAAAGUUCAAAUUAGAAAUUUUUGAAAUGAAACACAAAAUUAUUAUGUAAAUAUCGAGCCCCAACCUCCAAAAAGAUGUAAGCGACAGUUUUUUAUUCUAUUUUUCAGUGCAUCAAACAUAAAAUUUUUUUUUUUUUUUUUUCAGAAAUUUAGAAAGAACAGUUUCAAAUUUUGACCGUUGUACAGCUUUAUUAAGCAGAAUUAAUUGUUUAUAAAAAUAUUUCAAGAUUCUAUAACAAUACAUUUCAUCAAUAUUCAUCACACUUACGGUGCUCUGCAAUCAGAAUUUGUACAACAAAAAAAUUAAAUAAAUAAUACAAAAAAUUUGAAUCCAGGAAUGUUUGUCAAAACUCACUUAAAGAGGCAAAAACUUUUCGAAUUUUUUUUUUAGCAAGUAUGUACAUUUUUUGACCAGUAAUUUUUACCGAGUACAUUUGUUUUACAAAAUUUUUCUCGUGAGCUAUUUUUGUAUUAUUGUCUUAAGGCAGUCUCACACGAUUGAGCAUUUGCCCAAAAUUGGGUGCGAAUUGUAUCCCAAUCAUGUGAAUACACAAAUAUUUUUCUUUUCUUUAUCGCAAUCACGAAAA